ACGACUUGGUCCGGUUGUCACCCUGUGUGUUCUCGGUGCGUGCUGUCCUGCUUCGGGCUGCUCCGGUCAAAUUUCGUCGAAAGGGCAGCUGUGAGAUGCCUGGCAUCUGGAGCAAGAUGGCGCCCGGCGUCGGCCGGAUGUCUGCCGGCGCGGCCCUCAACGGGAUGUCGGGCGCCGCCGUCCUGGUCUGGGUCGCUCACUUCCUGCGAAGAUACGCCGAGCGUCAGAGAAGGGCCAAGGCUUUACACAAUAUAGACUUCUGUGUCGCUCAGACGCAGCCGGGCGCCAAGAAGGAGCGGGCGGCCGUGGAUGCCAAGUUCUUCGGCCGUCUGCGCCGGCUGCUGGCCAUCCUGAUCCCGACGCCGUUCUGCGCGCCCGUCGGCUACGUCCUGCUGGUGGCCGCCGUGCUGGUGGCGCGCACCGCCUGCGACGUCUGGCUGAUCCGCAACGGCACCAUGAUCGAGAGCUCGCUGAUCCAGCGGAACCGGUCUGGCUUCUUGACGCACGCCUGGGACUACACCCGUAUGAUGCCCAUCGUGUCUCUGGUCAACAACCUGCUCAAGUACAGCCUCAACCAGCUGCAGCUGAACCUGCGCGUGCGACUUACCCGCCAUCUGUACGACCAGUACAUGAAAGGCUACACAUUCUACCAGAUGAACAAUCUGGACAACCGCAUCCAGAACGCCGACCACCUGCUGACCAACGACGUGAACCAGUUCUGCCAGGGCCUGGUCGACCUCUACUCCAACCUGUCCAAACCCGUGCUGGACAUCUUCCUCUACGUGCAGCGGCUGUCGGCCCGCCUGGGUCGCGAGGUGCCGCUGUACAUGAUCGCGUAUCUGGUGGUGUCGGGCCUGUUCCUGACCAACUUGCGCCGGCCCGUUGGCUCCAUGACCGUCAAAGAGCAGAAGCUGGAGGGCGAGUACCGCUUCGUCAACUCCAGGCUGAUCACGAAUUGUGAAGAGGUGGCUUUUUAUCAAGGAAGUCAACGAGAGAAGGUCACCUUGAAUAGUGAAUUCAACAAGCUGGUUGACCACAUGAAGACGCUGCUGCACUUUAAGUUCUCGAUCGGCUUCGUCGACAACAUCAUCGCCAAAUACCUGGCCACUCUGGUCGGCUUCUUCUCUGUCAGCCUGCCGUUCCUGAGCUCCGUCGGGCCGAUGGCACUCCUCACCACCGGCGAACGACAGCAGCGCUACUACGAGAACGGCCGCAUGAUGGUGCGGCUGGCGGAGAGCAUCGGCCGCCUGGUGCUGGCCGGCCGCGAGAUGACCCGGCUCUCCGGCUUCACCGUGCGCAUCUCCAAGCUGCUGGAGGUGCUGAACGACCUCAACAAGGGUCACUACGAGCGCACCAUGCUGACGCCGCAGACGGCUGUCAACGGCCUCAAGCCCUCGUCGUCGUCGAGCAGCCUGGCGCGGCCGGUCAUGGCGCUGGACCCGAAGGCGGGCCGGGUGGUGCUGCAGGACCACCUGAUUCGGUUCGAGCACGUGCCGCUGGUGACGCCCAACGGCGACGUGCUGGUGGAGGAGCUCAACUUCGAGGUCCGCUCCGGCAUGAACGUGCUGGUGUGCGGCCCCAACGGCUGCGGCAAGAGCUCCCUCUUCCGCAUCCUCGGAGAGCUGUGGCCGGUGUUCGGCGGCACCCUCACCAAGCCGGACAGGAGCCAGCUGUUCUACAUCCCGCAGCGGCCGUACAUGACGCUGGGUACGCUGCGAGAUCAGGUGAUCUACCCAGACACGGUGGAGGCCUUGCGCGCGCGCGGCCGCUCCGACGAUUGGCUGCUCCAGCUGCUGGAGGAGGUGCAGCUCGGCUACAUCCACGAGCGCGAGAGCGGCUGGGACGCCGUCGCCGACUGGUCGGACGUGCUCAGCGGUGGCGAGAAGCAGCGCGUGGCGAUGGCGCGCCUCUUCUACCACCGACCGCAGUUUGCCAUUCUGGACGAGUGCACGUCGGCGGUGAGCGUGGACGUGGAGGGCUCCAUGUACCGCUACUGCCGCGAGCAGGGCAUCACCCUCUUCACCGUGUCGCACCGCAAGUCGCUCUGGGUGCACCACGAGUACUACCUGCAGAUGGACGGGCGCGGCGCCUUCGUGUUCAAGCCCAUCACUGACGGCACGGACCAGUUCGGCUCGUGAGCCACUCAACCCGGUCCCGACGCCCUGGAGCGAGGCACGGCCGGCUCCGGUGACCGACUGCCACUGCCAGCCCGGGCCAGACGGAACCGGGAGCGUCAGCGGUGCUGCCUCCUGAUCUGGUGCUGUCUGGGGUGCCAGUGAUGACCUGGUGCGGCCUGGGGUGUCAGUGGUGCCCUGGUGCUGGCUCAGGGUGUCGUUGGUGACCUGGUGCUGUCUGGGUUGUCAGUCGUGACCUUGUGCUGCCUGGGGUGUCAGUGGUGACCCAGUGCUGCCUAGAGUGACAGUGGUGACCUGGUGUGACCUGAGGUGUCAGUGGUGACCCACUGCUGCCUGGGGUGUCAGUGGCGACCCAGUGCUGCCUGGGGCGUCAGUGGUGACCUGAUGCUGCCUGGGGUUUCAGUGGUGACCCGGUGCUGCCUGGGGUGUCUCAGGUGUCAGUGGUGACCUGGUGUAGCCUGGGGUGUCAGUGAUGAUCCGGUGUGGCCUGUGGUGCCAGUGGCGAUCUGGGGUGUCAGUGGUGACCCAGUGCUGCCUGGGGCGUCAGUGGUGACCUGGUGCUGCCUGGGGUGCCAGUAGUGACCUGGUGCUGUCUGGGGUGCCAGUGGUGACCCGGUGGUGCCUGGGGUGUCGGCGGUGACCCGGUGCGGCCUGGGGUGUCAGUGAUGAUCCGGUGCUGCCUGGGGUGUCAUUGGCGACCUGGUGCUGUCUGGGGUGUCAGUGAUGACCGGUGCUGCCUGGGGUGCCAGUGGUGACUGGUGCCACCUGGGGUGUCAGUGGUGACCCGGUGCCGCCCGGGGUGUCAGUGGUGACCCGGUGCCGCCGAGGGUGUCUGCGGCAGCGGAGUAUGCGGUGGCGCGCCGGCGUGGAUUGACGUGGCGUGUUCCGUCGGUGGUUGCCAGUAGACCGGGGCGUAGCGUUUCUACAUUGAUAGCUCACAUAGGGCUUUAGCUGACUGCGGGCCCGCUGGUGGUCUGUGAUCGGGCAGGGUCGGAGGCGCUGUAUUUGUACAUACUCUGCAUUUAAUAAGCAUGCAUUAGCAUGUCAUGGUUCGUAUGACUGUGAUAUGUGUUGUUUAGUUGUUGUGGGGCGUACGCUGUGACCUCAAAGUCUUCUAUACGAGUCGCAAUUGGUUCGGGACCGUAAGAUUCAGCGUAGAUUCCCCCAGCCGACUGCACCUUUAGAAUGGGCUCGGUGUUUAUUUGCAGGCGUGAAUGCCCUUAGCAACAUUAGUUUAAUGUUAUGAGGUAACGAUUUGUUCACAAACCGUGCUGAAAGCCAACCGAGGUAGCGUUUGCUGCGAUUUGCGGAAAGGUUUUGAAUUAAACGACAUGAAAGUUUGUUAAAACGGUGAGUUGCAGGGUCCUGUUUUUCCGAAUUAGUUCGUAUGAGGUGCGCUGAUGAUUAUAGAAAGAAGACGAUAUAAAUUGAUCGAAGCAGUUCACAUUGCUUUCUGGUUGAACUCGACGUCUAUAACGUACCAAAUGCUGCCGUUUGCGUCAUUUCAAUUUAUCUUGCGUAACAGUCCAUGUUUGGUAAAUAGCCCUUGGAAUGGUUGCAUGCAGUGCGUUUUUGUUUACUACGCUCGACUCACUGAAUAUUGCUGUUCAUGAAAGCAAACAUCACUCCCAGGCCAUUUUCAAGUUUCAAGUAUUCUAGUUCCCUCGCAUGUUGUUCCACAAGUGUUCGAAAGACACGCGAUUAGUUCUAUUUCUAUCAGGUGUAGGUAUUAGUUCCGAUAUGGAAUUACCCAUGACCUUGCAGCGGUGUCGUGGUGGAUUGUCUCCGCUGCGCCGUCCGUUGUAUCAAAUGGGCUCCGCCGCCGACCGAUGGGCCGCGCUUCGCCCGGUCCACAUUAGCUGUACUCUGUUUUUGUUUUGUCCGUUGUUUUAGGCGAAGCCUUAGUUACUGCUCAGUGCUCAAUGGUGCCGUUAUUUACUCGUAUCGGUACAACAUACCUAGUACGUUGGUGCCACAUUGUGUUUGGAUACUUGAUUUUAUGGUUGAUAUAGUUGGAUGUCAUGCCACUCCGACACAGCGUUGCGUUCACCCCGUUUAGGCAUUCCAUACGAAUCGAUCGCCGUUGGUUUGUUGGUUCCGAGCAACUAAUCCCUCGCUUUUCCUCGUUGAUCUUCAUGACUGGCUAUUGACUGUUCCGAUUAUCAUCGUCUUUGCACAGCCAUUGGCAUGCCGGGCAGACCGGGUUUGCCGCUUAGAUGUGAUAUGAAUACAUUUAUAAC